UUGGAUCUUCAGGGAGUGGUUUCAUCAAAUCAGGUUUCAGGGAGGUGGGAUCAUCGGAUCUCGGCCGAUCUCAGUUGCUCUUCACGCGUUUAUUUCUCCUCGAGCUCCGCCAGAUGAGCGUUUCCGGCGAGCUCCCGAGUGCCAAGAAACAUCGACACACGGCCAGCUCUGUCUGAGCUGCUGUUAUGCGUGUUUUCUUUGCUUCCUCUGAAACUCUGGCAACGGGUUGGAAAACAAUAAAAGACACACCUUGUAAGCAGCAACAUUGGGACAUAUUUUGAUAAGCAUAAUUUCCAAUGGUGACUGAUAGCAUCAUUAGGAUUACAGCAUCAGGGAAAACUGGCAACAACUGAACAGCUCAAGUGAUUUACAUGAACGUCUAUAAUAAUGUUAUUCAAUAGCUGCGAGGCUUAUAACUAUUCAGUGCUGUACUUCUACAACAAGACUGGCAAGUACAUCAGCCCUGACUGGCGCACACAUGACUAUGUGGUGGUCGGUCUCGGGCUCCCGAUUUGUGUCUUGAUUAUUCUGGCGAACAUGUUGGUCAUAGCGGCCAUCAUCAUCAACCGACAGUUCCACUUUCCCAUUUAUUACUUACUUGGGAACAUGGCAGCUGCGGACCUCUUCGCCGGCAUGUCGUAUCUCUUCCUCGUGUUCCACACAGGGCCGUGGACCAUCAAUCUGAGUAUGGAACAGUGGUUCGUCCGAGGAGCUUUGAUCAAUAUGAGCCUGACCGCCUCUGUGGUCAACCUGCUGGCGGUGGCAGUGGAGCGCCAUCAGACAAUCUUCACCAUGCAGCUGCACAGCACCAUGACCAAGUGGCGUGUGGUGAUGCUGAUAGUUUUUAUUUGGUCGGUGGCCGUCGUCAUGGGUCUGGUGCCCACCAUGGGCUGGAACUGUGUUUGUGACAUGAAAACCUGCUGCACGGUAGCGCCGCUGUAUUCCCGCAGCUUCCUAGUGUUCUGGGCCAUCCUCAACCUCCUGGCCUUUUUCAUCAUGGUGGCCGUCUACACGCACAUCUUCAUCUACGUUCGCCGCCGGAGUCGACUGAUGUCCCCUCACACGGAUCAGCCCUCGCACAAUCAGACUGUUAUCAGCCUCAUGAAGACCAUGUCCAUGAUUCUGGGUGCCUUUGUGAUCUGUUGGACGCCGGGUCUGGUGAUUCUCUUACUGGAUGGUCUGAGUUGCAAUAAAUGUGAGGUUCUUAAAUAUGAAAAGUACUGCCUGGUUCUGGCUGAGUGUAACUCUCUGGUGAACCCUAUCAUCUACUCGUUUCGGGACGAGGACAUGAGGAACACCUACAAACGCAUUCUCUGCUUCCCUUGGAGAAGAAUGCACCAGCAUGAGGGGCCUUCUGGCAUCCGCUUUGAGUCUGUGAAAACAGGGGCACCCCCUGAGAAAAACAGCUAUAACUCCACCAGUUUAGAGCCCAUUUCUCCACAAAGCCUAUUGUCUUCAUAGAAAAAGAAGUUCUCUUUGUAAAUAAAUGACUUUGUAUUUGCUAAGUGAAAUGAUCACAGCUUGUACAAAAAGUAAAUACUUCAUUUUUGAUA